AUGACAUCAAAGCAACAGCAACAAUACGCCCUGGCGUUGUAUUUUGAUCGAACAUAUGGUAUCACCGGCGCAAUAUACCAGCAAUUCUCGGAUCGGGAAUUCCACGAUGUCUCCAAAAGAAAGUUCUAUCGAGCCGUCAUGGGCCGCCUUCUGGACACCAAGAUCCUUCAAUUUGCUACAUUGUGUCAAAGAUCAGCCAGUUCUAAUCGGCUUUUGCAACACAUCCGCUCUAUGUGGUCUGGGAGUUCGGAACGUACCCCAGAAGAGUCACUCGAAAUCCUAGAGGCGUUUGAUUUCAUCUCCAACUUUAUGCUUCUACAUAUUCUUCGUGGACCCUAUACUUUCGUGGAGUGGGGUCUUUCGUUGGAUAGUGAUGAAGCAAGGGAGGCUCUCUUGUCGGACCCUAACGAUACGUUACUCAGUAACUGGGUGUCUCUGCUACCACGCCUCCAGCUAUACUUAUCGCCGUUUGACAUUCUUGCCGCUUUUAGAAUGGAUGAACUAAACAGUGAGACCUCGCGGUAUUUUGCCUCGCUGCUUGCACUUUCAGCCCAUGACCAAGGCCCUCUAGGUAUGGGCGAGAUAGAGAAUGAAGUGUCUUACAAGCUGGAGCAAGAAUAUCAUGUGGCCGGCCACACCUGGAAGACGUAUCGCCACCACGGUUGGAGGACUGGUGCCAGAGGUGCAAUUUUCGACGCACGAUCCAGUGCCAAGAGAAUUGCAAGUGAGAUUACUCGAAUCAAGUGUGACGGUCGCGACUGGUGGACAUUGAUAGAGCAGGCAUCCAAUGAUGCGCCGGUGGCAUUGGAUUUCCGCGUUCCUGAUGAUUUCCUGACGAUAUUUUCCUCGUUCGGUGAAAGCACAGACAUUGACGAUAUUCGCUUCGUCAUUACCAAGGAAAAUUUUUCAAAGCUAAAAUGA